UGUAUUUCAGAAGAAGAUAGUUUGAUUACUGUAAUAUUCACAAGUGCGUGUGCAUAAUGAGAAGAUAAGCUUAAAAUAUAUCUACAGCAUAUAUGUCUGUUGUUAAUUGCAUUAUCAGUUUAAAAUAAAGUUGUUUAUAUAAAUUUGAUCGUGUCAUUAUAAAAAAUACAAAAAAACUCUAGAUUAAAGUGUCUGCCAUUAUUGGAUCAACUCAAUUUAUUUGAUUCUGAAAAAAAAACACAUGGAGUAAAUAAGUAUUGAAAAUAUUUAUUUUGGUAAGGACCAGAAAAAUAGAAAGAUAUUCAGAGAAUAUCCAUGAAAAAUAGGAAAAAAUAUAGUCAUUUUGGAGUAGAGACGAAAAUAAUAUUAUUAAUUGCUUUUUCAAUCGGUGAAAUUUUCUUGAUAAACUCCGAACAAGAUUGUGCACAAAAAACGACACAACACGAAUAUACUUUCGAUACUUCAAAAGAUUUUGCGAAAGUUUGCCGCGUAGAAAUCGCGAAACAACAAAGUCGAAGAUUCUCUCCUCGCAGUGGGCCAAGUUCUUUAUCAAAACAUGGCCACGUGACCGACGGCGCGGCUUGUAAACAGUGAGUUUGACCACGUGGUUUGCCCCUUCUCUUGUCGCUGUAUAUCUCUCUCGCACUCAUUCUCUUUCUCUGUUUCUUUCUCGCUCACUCGUGACACGCAGAACAACGUAAGCACAGCGUAGCGUAUUCUCGGUCGGUCCGCUGCCAGCUGCGGGAGAGUUCGAUUCGAGUGAUCCGCGAUACUGCUUUUCUUUACCUCCGUUUCAUUUUUUCAAAGUGAUAUCUUUGUUACUGUGUGCAUGAUAUCAUAUAAAUACUAUUUGUUUAUAGUCGUGAGCCAUAAAAAAAUUAAGUGACAAACGCGAAUACAGUAACGAAAAAGUGAUCCGAGUUUCUGUUUUUAAUUCAUUAUUAUCGACGUGGUACUAUUAAUUUGUAGAAAUUACAGUGUUGGCAAUAUUAAAAAUUUCAAUCGCAAUACAGUUAUCAACUGUUACGGAUAUUUUUUCCGUGGUUUGUCGCUAGGCAGCGUGAUAUUUGCGAAGAGACAGCACCUCUCGAGGUGCUCGCGGUCAAAGUGGAUUACAUGGAGGAAACGAACAUGAUGGACUCGGUGCCGGUUUCUGCGUCAGGGUCAAAGACCGGGUUGCAACCACAGCAGGGGGUACCAUACGAUCUUGAGAGUGGGUUCGAGCCUCAGACCAGAGCACGAUCGCACACGUGGCCGCUGCCAAGUCCGGAGGAAUAUAUCGAGGGAAACAAGAAGCCGAACGUAUCGGUUCGAAAAGAGGGCGUCGAAGAUGUCGAAAGUGGCACGCCGCCUCAACAUGGUUCUCUCGGCCAAGGUACCGGCUUGCUUCCGGUCAAGAAGAAUUCCUCCCGACGGAAUGCCUGGGGAAAUCACAGUUAUGCAGAUCUCAUUACUCAAGCCAUUACCAGUGCUCCAGAUGAACGGUUGACUUUGUCUCAGAUCUACGAAUGGAUGAUGCAGAAUAUUCCAUAUUUCAGGGAGAAGGGAGAAAGCAACAGUAGCGCCGGAUGGAAGAACUCUAUAAGGCACAACUUAUCGUUACAUAGCAGAUUUAUGCGAGUGCAGAACGAGGGUACCGGAAAAAGUUCCUGGUGGAUGAUCAAUCGUGAUGCGAAACCAGGGAAAUCACGUAGAAGAGCAAUAACCAUGGAGACGAGCAAAUUUGAGAAACGACGUGGUAGGGUAAGGAAGAAGAUCGAGGCGCUAAAAAACGGUGGGUUACAAGCUGACACGACAACUAGCCCCAGUAACAGUGUGAAUGAGGGGUUGGAUCUCUUUCCAGACAGUCCGCUUCAGUCUGGCAGUGGAUUUCAACUUUCACCUGAUUUUCGUCCUCGAGCUUCGAGCAAUGCCUCAUCCUGUGGUCGAUUAAGUCCAAUCACGGCGAUUCCUAGGAAACCGGAAUGGACACCAACAUACACACUCUCAUAUAGUCCAGAACAAUUAGCUGGUAGCCUCGCAGAAACGAUGAAAUUGGAAUCCUAUCAAAUGUAUCAUACGACACAACCGAGCCACCAGCAUCAUACAGGACCACCACCUUCUUAUUACGAAUCCCAAUAUCAGAGGAGCAAUAGCUUGUCGUCAGGAUCGUCCUCCUUCGCUCUGCAGCCAACUCCUCAAUCAGCAAAUCAACAAAGAUGCCCAAUUCACGGUUUGCAACCGUGUGCCUGUCAAAUGAAUUUGAGUCCAGUGGCUGGAAUGUCGCCAUCGUACCAGCAAAGCGAACCAAGUCCCACAACGUUAGGAAAUAAUCAACAGCAAACUCUUCAAUACAUGAUGCAGACGCAACAAUGUCAGCAGCAACAAUUGCCACAACGACAACAGCAAUCACAAACAGGAGUAACAGAUUCCAGUUCAUCACAAACAUCUACCCCAUGUGACCCCACACCAAGCACUAUGAUGGGUCAAUUGAUGGGAGCCUUGAACAAUUCAACACUUCUUGAUGAUUUAAAUAUUAACAUCGAAUCGCUGCAUGGUGGAUUUGAUUGUAACGUAGAAGAGGUGAUCAAACACGAGUUGUCGAUGGAUGGUACAUUAGAUUUCAACUUCCAACAGAGUGUAAUGGGUACGGCUGCAAUCCAAGUAAGCGACAAUAAUAUCGGUCAGAACGGCGCCGUUUCGCAGAACAACGUGAUAGGUACGACGACGACCGGAAACGCGACCGCAGGUGUUUACGUGAGCACCAAUGCGGCCACUCCUGCUGCACCUCCCUCUUGGGUUCAUUAGCAGUGGGCCCCACUGCCCUCGACAUCCUCGUCGUCCUUGUUAUCGAUGGUACUAGACAGACAAGAAGACUUCCAGUUUGAGGGACAGUUCAUUG